AUGCGCCACUUGAGCGUUUGUGAUGAAAGCACGGAAGAUUACAAGCUCUUCAACAUCAGUCUGGGUGACAACCCAGCCCAAAGCGCAUCACCUUGCUCAGGUGGCAAAUGUCCUAUCCUGAAGGCGGCCAAUUCUAUAUUUUCCGCGGUCUCAUUUGUACCAGUCAAUCCUUGGAACAUGGGCAGCAGGUAUUUGCACGGCAGCUUGUGCCUCUGCUUUAGAAAAGGAGCAGUUGAGCAUCAUGUCUGCAAGAGGUGUUAUUGUGAUGCAUUUUCUUUAUGGAAAUUUUGCAAUUUGUCCAAACAUGGGGGUGUACCCCAGAAUGGCAAUUUGCUGCAAUCUGGCCUGGCUGAAGAUGACCGCUGUCCAGAUCAUGGCGUUCCUAAAGGUUUUUGUUGCCCUGAUCAGGUUGGAAGACUUGAUGACAAAAUCGAAUUGGCUGAAUGA